AUGAAAUGGUUUGAUUUCAUAAUCUCUCACGUGAAAGAGGUCCAAGAUGUCCUUGUCCAGCCGCACCAGCUGCGCCUCAUCGACUCACACACUGUGAGGGAAACUGUAUGCAGCUCCGAUCCCGAUCCCGAUCGCGACGCUGAAUGUGCGGUGUGUCUGUGUGGGAUUGAGGCCGGAGACCAAAUCCGACGGCUGAGGUGCAGCCACGUGUUCCAUGCGGCCUGCUUCGACCGGUGGGUCGGAUGUGGGGGUUGGACCUGUCCGCUCUGCCGGAAUCACCUCACCAAUAUACCGGGAAGCGACGAUACUCGUCGAGAAAUCGUGCUCUCCGGUUUUGCACACGUUGGAUCGUCGGGAAAUAAGGAUAAUUGGUGGCUGCGCUAG